AGGCUCUUUCUUAUGUUCUUAUGUUCUUAUGAGUCUGAUAUUGGUCCAUAUCCUGGGCUUGACAACGUAAGCGCAGUUAAACUUUUCUUCUGACUUUCACACAUGCAGGUCAAAGUCCGUGUGAAAUCUGCUUAGGGGCCAGACAUGGGCGUUUCCAAGUCUUGGGCUCUUUCCCCUCCCUGAUCUUUGGCCGCUGCCUCUCUCUUUGCUUCUGCAGAGCCCUCGAGCGGCUGUCUUCCUCAUCCUGUUCGGUCUAGUCAUGCUGCUGAUACUCUACAGCUCCAACAGCCGGAACGAGGACUUCCGCUACACUUCCACGAUAGGAAGGGUUACUCUGCCUGAUAGCCUGAAGGAAUGGGGGGUGAAAAAUGGAUACCUCCCUGUUUCUGGAAACAAGACCUUAGACCGUCACUGUAACCAAUGUGCAAUUAUCACCAGUUCCAGCCACCUCCUUGGGAGCAAAAUGGGGCCAGAAAUCAACCAGAUGGAGUGCACAAUCCGCAUGAACGAUGCUCCCACCACGGGGUACGAAGCGGACAUUGGCAACAAAACCACCUUUCGGGUGGUAGCCCAUUCGAGUCUCUACAGGGUCCUGAGGCGCCCCCAGGAGUUUGUCAGCAAGAACCCAGAUACCAUCUUGAUCUUCUGGGGGCCUCCCAUCAAGAUGCAGCAAGUCCUCAACAAGGUCAUCCAACGGGUCAGCCUGUCGUUCCCCAGCAUGUCAGCUUUUGUAGCUACAGGCAAGCGCAUGUACCAGUUCGACAACCUGUUCAGGAAGGAGACUGGGAAAGACAGAGUGACGUCACGCUCCUGGCUGAGUACAGGCUGGUUCACCAUGGUGAUUGCCGUUGAGCUGUGCAACCGAGUUCACGUUUAUGGGAUGGUCCCCCCCAAUUACUGCACUCAGAACCCUCCGCCCCGCAAGUUGCCAUAUCACUACUACGAGCCGAAGGGCCCAGACGAAUGCGUCACCUACCUUCACAACGAGCGGAGCCACCGGGGUAACCAUCACCGGUUCAUCACGGAGAAACGGGUCUUUGCCAACUGGGCGACCCUCUACAAUAUCACCUUCUCCCACCCAGACUGGGAUUAGCCCUGCACACCCAAUGCCAACAGACACAAGGUGCCAAGCCUGCCUGCUCGGGCAGAGGAAGUCAGGGGGCACCCUCUCUGCCCCCGAAAGAGGAAUCCGUUGAGUGAAGAAGCUGCUUCAACAACCCAGAGAUUUCGCUGCUCAACUUCCGAUGUCCAGCCACCGUCCCGGCACCGGCCUUUCUUUCUGCCCCCCAAAGCCCCCUUGAAUCAAGCAAACCGCCCAACCAGUUCAGCAUCCUGUCGGAUUCCAGGAAGUUCGAAAACUCGGUGUGAACACAGUGGCCUUCCCCCCCACUCGAACUAUACUCUGCUACAGCACAUGGAAGUUCCAUCUAGCUAUUUAGAAGCAGCUCAGCCCUUUCUUUACUCAGAUGUUAGAACGCAAGUACAGAGAAGAAAGGACGGGAGGAUUCGUGUCCUGACUUCUGGAGGGGGUUUGUUAUCUCGCUCCCACUCUCCACCUCCCAGCUUACUCACUAAGGUUACUUCCUGGAUCUUACUAAAACAAAGCCUCCCAGUUGUUGCUGCUAGCUCUAAGUAGAGCUUCAGCAGACCCCUUUUAAGAGCAGGGUGCCACAAAAUCAGCAGGGGGAGAAUGUGGCUCUUGGGUACAAUGAGGCCCAACCAUCAAGCUAUACGUUGAUGACCGUACACUGCUCCCUUCAGUUUAAUGUGUUUUUGUGGAAUCUGAGCGAAUGCAACUGAGAGGCAAGUGGAAUGUCUGCGGCCACUAACCAGGUAUGAGGCAAGGGGAGGCCCAAGCUACUACCACCAACUCUCCCCUGCCCCACCCCUGCCCCUGUUUCCAGACUUGCAGAUGGCAAAGGAAGACAGACUUGCAAAGGCAACGCUAUGCCCCUGCUUCUCCACCCAGCAUGUCUGUCACAGUGCCAGGAGGGGUAGGUAUGGUCACUAGUUCGGAUGCUUUUCAAAGGGGCUUUUUCAAGGCGGAUAAACCAACUAGUUGCUAGCUAUGAUAAAUAAAUAGAACCUCUCUUCUCAGAGGCAGCGUGCCUCUGGCAACCAGGGAGACAUAAAAAACCUGCUUUUGGGUUUCCAGAGGAGCAAGCUUGGCUGGAUCCCCUGCAAUCCAAAUUAACCCCCCCCCCAUCUUUUAUUUUGAAAUUUCAAAUCUAGAACGAGUAUCGCUUCCUGAUUUUUCUUUGUCAUUUCUGUAGCACUUUUUCCAACGUUUUGCCGUUCUUGUACAAUCACCCCAAAAAUUUGGUUGAGAUGGGGCAAAAUAAUAUGGCUUGAAAUAUAGUUCUGAGGUUGCUUUUCAUGAAGGAUUUUAGGAGGUCGAUUUCAGGGUCGGCGAACAGAGUGGAGAAAGGGAUGUGGGUUGAUCUUUGCCAACCACUUGUCUACUCAAGUCACACACCCCUACAGCUUUCCUACGGGUGUAGUUCCACUUCUGCCCAGAGUUGACCGACCAUCCACUGAACAUCCGGGCAAAGAUCGAAACUUGGUUGCCUUGAUCAGGCUUAGCGCUCCUUACUGUGCCCAGCACUGUCCCUAGCCUCUUCACGCUCUAUAAGCACAAUCACUACUAGGUAGUCAACUUUCCGUUCCACAUGUUCACCUGCGUUGAAAGUGCUGGGAAGCGCACCAAAAAAGGAAGCCACCACCCCUCCGCCACGCCCUCCCCACGCCCGCUUUCUACCACCCGAUCUCACCGGGUAGAACACGAGGCAGGAGGGCGAUAAUGGACUGGUUGGAAUUAUCUUAAAGGAACCACCAGCUGCUGUUUGAGAGUUGCGCUCUUCGCGCCUUCAUCUCAUUCCCCCCAUUAAGCCAAUCUGCCCUUAGCAACUCUUUGCAAGAUCACCAUGGCAACUCUUUGCUGCAAGCGCCUGAGCUGGGGGUUUUUUGCUCUCCAAAGGGGCCGGUGACGCCAGUUUACAACUCCAGCUCCCAGUUUUGCUUGGGUUUUUUGCACUCCGGCACAGCUUGGUGCAAACGGUGGGAGUUUUCCUUCCUAGACGACUUGUUCCUGAGCGGCAGGCAGAGGUUGCCCCUGGGAUUUGGAAUGGAAGGGUGCCCUCCUGAAGGUGUUUGGGUAACCCUCAGCCGGGUCCUUAUCGCGCCAUGACGUCCCGGUUUGUACAUCAACACUGCAGGUGGCGUCAGAGCAGCGCCAACGCCCAGAGAGCUGCUGUUUAUACAGCUACACACGCAGCGAAGGGGUUAUAUAUUUUCGUCCUCUCUUAUCACCAGAGCAGCCGCUCGUCAAAAGAGGGGGAAGAUGCUUCACAAAGCGAAUCCAGAUAGACUUGUUUGCAGGUCCCUGCUCAGGAUACAGAGUCGUACCCCGUCAUCUGCCUUAACAAUAACAGGCAUGCUCUCCGCCGUGUGAUUUGUGAGGUAUCUCGUGCCUCCAUGUCUACGAUCACCGAACCAGUUGUCACAUGUUGACUUGAGGCCACCAGUGUCCUUAUGGGGAGGGGGAGAAGCCGGGUGGCCAUCGCCAGGUGUUGUUGCUAUACUUCCUUUCUCUGAUCUGUUGCAAAUGCCGGGAGGAAAGAGUAGCUCUCCCUGUAGCUGUGCUGGGCAGCUGAACUACCUGUCUCUGUAUCUGCAUGUUAUAUUACCUUCUAGGGCUCCAUAGACCAAUAGGCAAGGCUCCAAAGACUAGAUUGCUGAAUUCUUUCUCGAUUUGUCACCAGCUUUGAAUAACCUCGCCAUGCCUCAGUUUCACCCUCUGUAAAAUGGGUUAGGAAAGGAAGGUCUGUCAGGCCAGAUGUGGGGAGGGGUUAUCAAUAUUUCUCUCUCCAAAAAAGCUGUGGGAACACAGAAGAUGGUUGAUGCUCGGAGGUUUGCAGAAUUCACGUCGUCUGCGGUCGUGCUGACCCUCAGAAGAGUGCUGUGCGCCCAUCUCUGGAAAUCGGGCCGUGUACCCCCAGUGUGAGGGCUUUAGCUUAUGGCCAGGCCUGCCACAGGAGCCACUUUGUGAGUCACCGGUGUCACAAAUGUGGUCAUGCGCAGAACUGCUGGUAGGACAGGCGGCUUGUCAUGAAGAGCAGCUUAUCCGCUUAACUUUGCUGAAAGCUGCAAAGCGUUGGAGCUGUCCGGCUAGCACUUUGAAAUAAAACCACCUUUAGGAAUCGCGCAGAGAUGAGCCGAGUAGUAUUGAAGACCACCUUUGCGUCUUGGUAGAAUUCCGGGGGGUGCAUGGAGGUGUAUCCGUACGCCUAGCUGAGUUUCUGGGAAAUCUUUAGGGUCUUUCCUGAUAUCCUUCACUUCUCCUUCUCCUCGGCUUCGUUCUUCCCUAGGUGGUUAAACUGUGUCAAGACAGAAUGAAUUCAGGCCGGAGUGGAAGGUGACCUAUCGGAAUACAUCCUCAAGAAAAUAUCCCCACACAUAGAAAACUAGCAUGUCAAGGUGGGAGAUCAGGUAAGAACUCUUGAUCCUGACAUGCUAGUUUUCCACGCAAAGUGGAUUUUGUUGUAUAGAGGAGCAUUCUAGCAUGUGAGCUGGAUUCUGCAGUCUGUAGUAACCUGGCUCUGGCAUGAAAAGUAAGCCUAAAAUUCCAUUAAAAGUGUGAGGAAAAAACUUAUCCCAUUACCCAUAUUUAUGGGUUGGUCAAGAAGAUGGUCAACUAUGUAAUGUUUGAAUGCUGUAGGGCUGUCAGUGGUACAGAAUUAAGAAAGGAGUGGCUAGCCUCAUUUUUCCCAUGUGUACACAUGCUAACAAAAUCUGGGAUGGAGAAAACCCAAUUCUUGACUGUUUGCGAGAUGUUGCAUCCCAUAUUUUGUAUAUACUUAACUCCUAGUCCUUCUGAGUUAUUGUGCAACUAGGGGAUCUAAGUGCCAAACGUAGGAUAGCCUCUUUUGUCUGAAUGGCUCCGGGGGAUACUUAAGGAACCCAGUUGGUCAGAUAUGUAAAGCAGGCAAGCUGUUAGUCACCUAUUUCUGUCCAUUUGAAGAAGUAUGUGAACCUGCAAGUGACACAGAGUUCUUAAUCAUAAGACUCCCUACAGUAUAAUGAAGUGUUCUGUUUAAUGCAGAAGCUUUGCAAUAAAGUACACUGCCUUAUCUAUUAGCUAUUGUCUCCUGUGGGACCAAAACAGUGCUAGUUGUCUUUAUCAGACUUGUGGAUGAUCAGACAUCUGGAUCAUUUAGUCUUAUGUGCAUACACUUAAAAUAGACAUGUGUAGAACUAAAGUGUAAUCAAAUUGGACCAUCCAGGAACUCGGGGCUCAUUUAGAUUAGACACAAGAGAUCCGUGAUCAAUCGAAGAGAUGUCAAUCUCCCACCACAAGCUGCUAUUAGCUCCCAUAGGAGAAAAAACAGGCUCCCAGUGACGACUGUUUGGGACUCGAAUUCAGUAGUUUGCAGCUAAUUGGCAAUUCAGGACUUGACAGCAGGGCCUCGACGCAGUAUAUUGUAUAUUAACAAUAUUGACAAGGAACAGCCGAUUGGGAUCGAGAGUGCCUUGAUGAUCUUUGGGGGCAGAGUCUUCUAAAAUAUCUCUUGUGGUCGGCACAAAGUGUUUCAAUGGUGGGUCGCUUUUUUGCAUGAACCCUUUUUUGGGAAUUCUGUCCAGGAGUCUUGUGCCCUUGACGAGAAGCAGCUAAACGUAACGGAGAGUGUUGUGGUGCCCGGAGCUGCACACCAAAUCGGAAAGGAAGAGAGUUUUGUAAUUAUUUGUAUGGAAAUAAAUAUUGCUACAUCUUUAUCUUGCAA